AUGCCAAUCCCACCUCGUCCCAUUCCCAACUCGCAACGCGUUCGACCAGGUACUUCGGUCCCUAGGAAAUCCCUCGUCGCUCUAGAUAGAGUCGAUUGGCGAUCCGAAAUAUCCAUCUUGACUGAUUAUCCUCGAUCCCUCCCCACUGGCAGUAUCAGUGGCGUCAGACUCGAAAAGGCAUUACCCAAGCCUUCUUCGGUAGAAGCCGCCAGCAGUGCGUCGAGAAACGUCAAGCGAGAAGUCGAUAUGGAGAGUUUGAUUGCAGACAGUCUGGGGAAAAGAGAGAAACGAUCCACAACGGCGACGACCUUGGGUUUUGAUUUCGUACCGAACGUCUCCAUUGUCGCUUUACCGGAUGAUCCCGCGCCUUCAUCGUCCAGGUCCACACCAUCACUCCUCACACAGACCAAGUCUAUCCCUGGAGCAUUUCCUAGCAAGGGAAGAGCGUCUCCAGCUCUUUCCGUCACACCUGCCACGCCUGCUCUCAUCCCGCACAGACCUCAAGCCGAAGAGGAAGAGGACGACUUGGACGAAUGGGAACAUGUCGAUGCGUUACGUGAGCCAUCAGAGGAGGAAGAGAGGGAAGGAGCAGACAGCCAGAGUGAGGAAGACGUCAUUGUGCUUGGAGAGCUGGAGUUGGAAGACGAGUUUGAUCAGGUGGAUCAGCGACGAGAGAAGAAGCAUGCCGCCAAGUCUGGAUUCGGGCUGGGCAAAGCGAGGCAUGGAUUAACAUACGCGGCGGCUCUGGGUACGACGCAAUGA